AUGAAUUCCGACCCGUUAAGUGUAAAUAUAGAAAAUGGAGUUCGUGAAAACAAAGGCUUCGGUCCAAGUCCUGAAUCGACCGAUAUCUCAGAAAACAAAAAGGAAAAGAAUGAAAAAGAAAGCGAUUUGGAUAAAAAGUUAAGGGUGACCAGUGAAAGAAUAAAUUCGAGACCAAAAUGGGACAAUCCAAUCGAAUUCCUUAUGUCUUGCAUCGCUACCUCAGUGGGACUGGGAAAUGUUUGGCGGUUUCCCUUCGUCGCUUACCAAAAUGGCGGCGGAGCUUUCCUCAUUCCUUACAUAAUAGUGCUCUUAGUAGUUGGAAAACCGAUGUACUAUUUGGAGUUGGUACUUGGACAGUUUAGCAACAGUAAUAACAUUAAAGUCUGGGCGAUGUCGCCAGCUAUGAAAGGUACUGGAUAUGCACAAGCUCUUGGGGGAGCUUACAUAAUGAGUUAUUACGUGUCGAUUAUUGCCCUUUGUCUUUAUUAUUUGGCAAUGAGCUUUAGCUCCACCCUCCCGUGGGCGUUGUGUGACGAAUCUUGGGAUGACUGUGUCCCUUCAGGGCAAUCUGUCAAUGCCUCGAUGACAGGAAAUGCUACCAGCAGCGCCGAACUGUAUUUCACGAAAGUUGUAUUGCGUCAGUCUAAAGGAAUACACGACGGAAUCGGUCUCCCGCUAUGGGAUCUAACGCUAUGCUUAUUAGCGUCGUGGGUCAUAAUAUUCUUUAUUGUGGCUCGUGGGGUUAAGAGUACAGGAAAAGCCUCCUACUUUCUCGCCCUUUUCCCCUAUGUGAUUAUGAUAAUUUUACUUAUAAGAGCCGUGACACUGCCAGGAGCCGUAAAUGGAAUAUUGUUUUUUAUAACACCCGAAUGGAGCAAAAUUUUACAAGUGCGGGUGUGGUACGCAGCUGUCACGCAAGUGUUCUUCUCUUUAUCUGUAUGUUCUGGAGCGCUUAUUAUGUUUUCUUCUUACAACAAAUUUGAACAAAAUGUCUACAGAGAUGCAAUGAUUGUCACCACUUUGGACACUUUUACGAGUCUACUUUCCGGAAUUACAAUCUUCGGGGUUCUAGGGAACCUUGCUUAUGAAUUGAAUUACGAUGACGUCAGUCAAGUUAUCGGCACUGGAGGGACAAGUUUGGCCUUUAUAUCCUAUCCUGAUGCUAUAGCCAAGUCGCCCGUAGUACCUCAGCUAUUUGCGGUUUUAUUUUUCUUAAUGAUGGCCGUGCUAGGCGUUGGUUCUGGCGUGGCGCUACUUUCUACCAUCAACACAGUACUCUUGGAUUCAUUUCCGUCAGUGCCGACGGUGUACAUGUCUGGAGGAAUAUGUGUUGUAGCAUUUCUGGUCGGCCUGGUCUACGUUACACCGGGCGGUCAAUACGUACUUGAAAUAGUAGAUUAUUAUGGAGGAACUUUCAUGAGGUUAUUUGCAGCCAUUGCAGAAACUAUUGGGGUAUUCUGGAUUUACGGGCUAGAAAACCUUACUAUAGACGUACAGUUUAUGUUAGGAAAGACAAGUUCCUUCUAUUGGAGAAUCUGUUGGAGUAUUGUUACUCCUAUUUUGAUGAUAGUUGUAUUCUUUUAUGCAAUGAUUACGACAGAGAGAAUACUUUUCGGCGGUACUUACGAAUAUCCAGCUGCGGCCUACAUUGCAGGAAAUUGUCUUCAAUAUGCCGGUAUAGCUAUGAUCCCUUUAUUCAUAAUAGCAGCUUUAUGGAAAUAUAGAUCAAAGAGCAUAGUAGAAACUAUAAAAAGAGCAUUCAGUAAGAAGCCAACAUAUGGACCAGUGAACUUAGAAAAACGCAAAGAAUGGCAAGAGUUCAAAAGAAAUGCUAAAGAAAAUCGAAAUAGGUUAAGAAAAAACUGGUUUCACCACCUUCUCGUUAUUCUUUUCCGUGGAUACCAAAGAUAG